UCAACGAAGAAGAGUCCGACUUGCGGUCAGCUGUCGUGUUGUCGAUGAACUGUGAAGAAACAUUUACACUCGAGAGAGACUGUCAAAUAUAUCUUUUAUGAAAACAAAAACCGUGUUUCUGUGUCGCAUGGACCGGAAAGUGUUAAUGUAAACAUUCUGCGCUGCCGUCAUCUAGCUAGCUAGCUUCCAUGAGGAAAACAGUUACAGGAAGAAGUGGCGGUGUUUUAAAAUCAGUAAGAAAUGAACAGAAAAAGAGCCCUGAUCGCAGACACCUUCUGUUUAACGAAGAGACGCAGGUGUGCAGCCGACAGCGUUACCGGAGACGGGCGAGAUGGAUCAGCUGAUAUCAGGUCGAGCUUACAGUAUCUCAUGACGCUGUUUUCCCGCAAGCUCUUCAACGACAGCCUUCCGCCAGUUGUCCUAAAACACCAGCUCUACAGCUUACACGAUGACAAAACCUCGGUGGACAAGCAGGUGAAUGAGUUGAGGGAGAACGGCGAGCUGUUGAUGUUCCAGCUGGGCUUCGACUCCGAGGCCUUCGCUUUGGUGUUCGCGGAAGAUUACCGAGCCAAAGUCCUGCAGGGGGAAGCCGGCAGAGCCACGCUGGCCACCGUAGAGAAGUUUCUGGCCAAGCUAACACCCGGCUGCUCCGACCUGAGCUUCAACAAGGAGAAGAUGCUUAAAGAGUUCCUCUUCGCAGACUCCGAGAUAACGCAGCUGGUGAAAUCGGGCGUCCUCACCGUGAGGGAUGCGGGCAGCUGGUGGCUUUCGAUCCCAAACUCCGGCAGAUUCAUUAAGUACUUUGUCAAGGGACGCAAAGCCGUUCUCGGCAUGGUCAAGAUCAAAUACGGUGAAGUCCUCAGGACUGAAUUGGAGGGACGUCGCACAACUUCACAGGUCAAAUUCCAGAUGAAGUAUCACGUUCACGAUAUAAUCGGAGCGGAGUUAGUGGAACGUGUACAGACCACAUCGGGGACAUUGUUACGAUACAUGGAAGGAAACGUCAACUAACCGCUCCUCUCACUCACUUUGAACCGUGGAAUGUAUUUAUUGCCAUAUUCUUUUGGUUAGAAACAGCAGAAUCAACUGUACAGUUUCUCGAAUAAACGUUUGCCACUUGA